UCAAUUGUACCCGUGUACACACCAACUGGCCUUAAAAUUAAUGCAUGCAUUCAACUUCUUCUUUUUCCGCUCGUGGCACUAUAAAAUCUCGCUUCUUUGCAAAAUUAUGAAUGUCAUUUCUCCUUCCUCUCCGAAUUUACUAUUUCUUCUAUAUUUCCUUUUACUUCCUUUUUCUUUUCUUUUUUUGGGCUGUAGUUCAUGUCGUUAUAUUUCUUAUCCUUUCCCUCCGUUUGAUGAAUAUUAUGUAGGGUUUCACUUUAUUUUAUAAUUUUAAACAUUUUCCUUUUUAUUUUCUUCUGUAUCUCUCUGCUUAGGGUAUCUAUAUUUAUUUUCUGACGAUAAUGGUGUUUUGUGUUCAAAAAACUCCAUAUAUAGUUAUUGUCCUUUAUUGAUUUAUCUGCAGUUUAUAUACCUGUAGCAUUACUUGUUAUGAUGAUUGAACCAAAACAAAAACUUCUUUUAAUUUUAUGAUAUUUUUUCAUGAACUUGCAUCUUUCUUAACCGAUAAAGUGUAACAAAUUUAACAUAGAUUAUAUGUACCAUAUUUUUAUGCUUUAGCAAAAAAGAAAAGACAAGUAUUAUCAAUUUGUUACUCGUGGCCUAUAGUGUCUUGUUAGCUCCAGCUCUACCUCUUUCUUCUUUAUCGAAAAUCAUUGAUUUUCACUACUUCUUCUAUUUUCAUUAACUCAACGAAAAGCAAACAAUUUGGUUCAAGAAGCAGAUAUACUAAGAGGUUUAGAUGGCAAAAGACCAUAGUGGAUCUCCAAAGUUAUACCAGCUCGAAUCGAAGAGAAAACGGCUCACUUGGAUUCUUGGUGUUAGUGGCCUCUGUAUCUUAUUUUAUGUUCUAGGAGCUUGGCAGAAUGCUAGACCCACUCCAUCCAGUCAAUCUGAAGUCUACACCAGAGUUGGAUGUGAUGUUGGAUCCCCGAACCCCCCCGAUAUCUCGACAUCACGAAUAUCAUCAUUGUCAAUCCCCAUUGAUUUUGAGAGCCAUCACCAAUUAGUGGUCAACAACUCUAAGUCAUCAGAAAACUUUGCACCGUGUGAUAUGUCCUACAGCGAAUACACACCAUGCCAAGAGCCACAGAGGGGUAGAAAGUUUGACCGUAAUAUGUUAAAGUACAGAGAAAGGCAUUGCCCAAAAAAGGAAGAGCUUCUCCGUUGUCUUAUACCUCCUCCACCCAAUUACAAGAUUCCCUUUAAAUGGCCGCAGAGUAGAGAUUAUGCUUGGUUUGCCAAUAUUCCACAUAAAGAACUUAGUAUUGAGAAGGCUGUUCAAAACUGGGUCCAAGUGGAAGGUGAUCGUUUAAGAUUUCCAGGAGGUGGCACCAUGUUUCCACACGGAGCGGAUGCUUACAUUGAUGAUAUAAGUGAGCUAGUUCCGCUUACUAGUGGAACUAUUCGGACAGCAAUCGAUACAGGCUGUGGUGUUGCAAGUUGGGGUGCUUAUCUGCUGAAGAGAGAUAUUAUAGCCAUGUCUUUUGCUCCAAGAGAUACACAUGAAGCACAAGUUUGGUUUGCACUUGAAAGAGGAGUUCCAGCAAUGAUUGGUGUUAUGGGUUCUCAGAGGCUUCCAUAUCCAGCGAGGGCUUUUGAUAUGGCUCAUUGUUCUCGGUGCCUAAUCCCAUGGAACAAGUACGAUGGGUUGUACCUAACUGAAGUUGACAGAGUUCUAAGGCCAGGGGGUUACUGGAUACUUUCUGGCCCUCCUAUCCGUUGGAAGACAUAUUGGAAAGGUUGGGAAAGAACCCAAAAAGAUUUGAAGCAAGAGCAAGAUGCCAUCGAAGACACUGCAAGGCGACUUUGCUGGAAAAAAGUGAUUGAGAAGGGUGACCUAGCUGUGUGGCAAAAGCCGCUCAACCACAUUAAGUGCAUCAAAAACAGAUCACCAAAUCAUAAGCCAUAUAUCUGCAAGUCAGGCAACCCUGAUGCAGCAUGGUACCAAGACAUGGAAGCCUGUAUAACGCCGCUGCCGGAAGUUACCAACUCGGAUGAAGUCGCAGGUGGUGCAUUAGAAAAAUGGCCGGAGCGAGCAUUUGCUACUCCUCCUAGGAUCAGUAGUGGUUCAAUACCAAGCAUUACAACUGAGAAAUUUCAAGAGGAUAACCAGGUAUGGAAUGAGCGGGUGUCAUACUACAAACGCCUAAUUGGUCUCUUGCCCCAAGGACGAUACCGUAAUGUGAUGGACGCGAAUGCUUAUUUGGGUGGAUUCGCAGCAGCUCUUUCAAAAUAUCCCGUUUGGGUAAUGAACGUGGUUCCUGCCAAGAGUGACCUCGACACUUUGGGUGUGAUAUAUGAACGAGGAUUUAUUGGUACGUACAAUGAUUGGUGUGAAGCUUUUUCAACAUAUCCACGAACAUAUGAUCUCAUCCAUGCUGGUGGGUUGAUCAGCCUAUAUCAGGACAGAUGUGAUAUCACCUAUAUUCUCCUUGAGAUGGAUAGAAUCUUGAGGCCUGAAGGUACCGUUAUAUUCAGAGAUGUAGUAGAAGUCUUAGUGAAAAUCAAAAGUAUAGCAGACGGCAUGAGAUGGCAAAGUCGUAUUGUGGACCAUGAGAGCGGACCAUUUAACCCAGAGAAGAUUCUCAUUGCUGUGAAAACUUACUGGACUGGUGAAGCUAAACGAGAAUAACACUAGUAUUGAAGCUUCUGAUUAACAUAUUAUUCUUUCUUGGUACUUCUUCAACUCGAAAAGAAGGAUGUCUCUGGUUAUUAAGUUUUGUUGUUUAGCAGCACUAUUGUUAUUGCUUCUAGUUGGAAUUUAUUAACUUGGAGAAUAGAAUAGAAGAUGCUCAUAAUCAUUGAUCUUGCACAUUUUUUUUUCUUUUUAUAAUGUUGUAAGGGUACAUCGUUAUUACUUGAUUAUGCAUGACAUAUAUUAUAUGUGAUG